CUCAGCGUUGCAUUGUACUCACCCUCAAGCAAUGCCGACAGUGCCAGAGAGCGUAUAUCGCGACCUUGACCUCCUGCCCCUCUCGCCCUUCAAGCGGCCGCUGCAGCCCGUGUCGGAGGCAGCACGCUCCACCGUCCGCCUGGCGCGGCAGGCGAACGUUGCCAAGCCCCAGGCGUGCCAGUCGUGCCAGCAGCGUAAGCGCAAAUGCGAUCGUGUGAGACCGCAGUGUGGGAACUGUGUGGCGCGGGGAACGAAGUGCACCUUCGAGCUCAAGAUCACGGAGCGGACGCAUCCAAAUUACCUCACCAACCUGCUCGCGUCGCUCGAGGAGAAGGAGAGGAGAGUACAGGCCCUCGAGGCGCUCGUGCGGGGCGGCAUGCCGGGCCUGGCGCACAUCGCGUCCUUAUCGACCGAGGACAUUCCGCGCAGCUACGUUGGCGCUCUCGAAGUCGACGAGGCGUUCGAUGGCGGAGGUGGAGCAGUGGCGCUCACUCUCGCCGAUGAGCCGCUCGCGCCAGCGCUGGCACAGAGUAUCCUCGACGGCCUGCAAGCCCUCGACUUGUCACGGCGACACGUCACCCAGCCCCCGAUCGUGCGCAUCAUCCGCUCGCACCUGGGCGAGGCGGAGGCUGCGGCUGGCGGAGCAGGGGACGCCGAGGUGCCCGACACCGCCGCACUCCCGCCAGCGCAAGGCUCGGCGUCAGACGACGACGCGGCGGUCAACCAGACGGCCGUGGCUGCCUGGCCGCCGUACGAGCUGGCCGUGGUCAUGGCCGACGAGUUUCUGAAGAUCAACUGCGUGUAUCCGUACCUCCGCAAAGGGGACAUCGUGGCCGACCUGGAGCAUGUCUACCGCCCGUCGUCGCCCACGCCGGCCGACCCAGACGCGGCGGCGACGCCACUGCAGACAUGCCACCUCUUCCUCGUGUUCGCCAUCGGCGCCAAGUGGCUCGCGCAGCGGGGAAGCUGGGAGCGCGUCGACACGACGAUGCUGCGCAAUCGGGCGGUGGAGUGCCUCGGCCGCGUGCUGCGCGAGGACCGCGGAGUGGACUGCGUGUCGGCCCUCCUCCUGCUCUGCCUGUGCUCGAUCUACGACUGGGGCGGCGUCGACCUCACGCGCCUCGCACCGCUCGUAUCCCGCCUCGCUACUGCCGUCGGGCUCGACAAGGAGCCGGCCGGGCUGGGCUCUGCCGAGCGGGACAGGCGGCGCGCGCUCUUCUGGAGCGUGUAUAGUGUUGACCGGCUGGUCGGGGUGACUUUCUCCUGUCCCGUCGUGCUGAACGAUGCCGAUAUCACGAUCCAACUCCCGACGCACCUCGAGGACAUCCCGAACCUAGGCGAGGGCAUGGACGCGCUCUCGUUCUUCAACCACAUGAUCGAGAUGCGCCGGAUCGGCUACGAUAUCUGGCAGCACACGCACACGCCCGCGGCGGCUCACAACGUCGACGCGACGGCGCGCCUGCACCGCAGGCUGGACGAGUGGAUCGCGCGCUCGCCCCGCCCGACGCACACCCCUGCGUCCGACGCAAGCGGGUACGUUGGCGACUCGCUCUUCGACCUCUACUACAACAUCUUCCUCACCAACCUCUACCGCCCCGGCGAGAAGGGGUCUGAGCUGAGCGCGAGCGAGAUACGCUGUCUGAAGGAGAGCGCGGCGAAGGCUAUUGCCAUCAGCAUCGCGCUGCAGCAGAGCCGCAAGAUGAAAGAUAACUACGUCCAGUUCCACCUUGUGAUCGUGCUGGGCAUGUCGCUGCUCUACGCGCUGAGCAGGUACGCAGGCAACCCAUCCAAUGCGGCCAGCUACAAGUGGUGCACGGCGGCGAUUAACGAGAUCCAGACGUGCCAGGAGUUUAUCGGAUCGUUCUGUCGAGGGUGGCCAUAUGCUCGCGGCCUCUCGCGUGCGUUCGACUCGCUCGCGGCGCGGUGUAUCGCGCAACUGUGUCUUGGCGGGACUGGCACUACUGGGAUACAGGAGACUGGCUCAUCGUCGCCGGCGGACGAGUUCACCCUCACCUCGGUGGUCCUCCGGCCACGGAACAACCCACCCGCUGUGCCAGCACCAGCGGCUGCAGACCUCUGCUCCAGCCUGCCCUGCUUCGACUUCUUCCCGUUCUCUGCCGACCCGUCGGCCAACGACGCAGCGUGGAACGCGUGGGGACAGGAGAACAUGCUGCCUCUCGACGAAGGGAGCGGGCAGAGCCCCGGCGUCGACCUCGAUGGCCUGCUCGCGCUCGUCGGCUGGACCGAGGACUGGAUCCUCGACGGCGGCGCGGCUGCGGCGUCGUAGCCGACCAAGCCGU